UCCCGCUUCCUUCACCCAGAUUCCCUCCCAUCGCUUCCUCCCGCCCUAAUCAGUCCUCCUCGCCGGUGCUCCCUUCCCGUCCCCUUGCGAAGCUGUGCCCUAAUCGGUCCUCCUCGCCGGUGCUCCCUUCCCGUCCCCUCGCGAAGCUGCGCCCUAACCCCCCCUUCCUGUUCGCCGCCUUCUCCCAACACUCAGCAGGAGUUUUUCAACAAUAAAUCUGCAUGUGUCCUAUGAUUUAUAUCCCUGAUUUGAGAGGUUGAGCCAUUCCUCCAAAUAACAAGAGACAAUGCAAUUGAAGAUCAAUUCAUUUUUCAAAUCCAGUUCACCUUCUACAGUACAAAGAGAAACCCUAGAUCUACCUCUUUCCCCUUUGGAGGAUCUAUCAAACGAAGUAGACUUCACCAAAGAACCCGAAAUUCCCAUUAUAUACACACGGCGAGCUCCAAACUCAGACAGGAGGGAUGAUGGUGAAUGGACAGGAAAAGAUCCAAAGAAGCUUGAUUCUCGACGACCGCUGGUGGUAGUGAAAUCAGAAAAGGUUUUAAACAAGAAAAGAAAGUAUGCACAAUUUCACUUGGAUUUGGGUCAAUCUGAUUUUCUGUUACGCACUUGUAAAACUUGUGGAUUCAAGUUUGCUCCUGGAGACGAAGGAGAUGAGAAGGCUCACAAAGAAUUUCACAAGAAUUACACUCAUGGUAUUGGAUUCAAGGGUUGGCGUAAUGAAAGAGUUAUUGAUAUGCUCUCAUUAGAAUGUGGGCGUGUUAUUUUGGUACUGAAAGAUGAUCCUCCAGCUCAUAGUAAAAAGGUUAAGGAGGUAAUUGGGAUGAUGGAGACGGAACUUGGUGACGGAUGGAUUUUCCAUGAACAGUGUAAGGUCUAUCUUUUUAUUUGCUCCCAGAGGGUUGCUGGUUGUCUUGUUGCAGAGUCAAUAAACAAGGCUUAUCAAUUAGUUUCAAACUCAGACGAGAAAUCUGAUGUUACCACUGCUCCGGAGGAGGAUAGAAGGUUGACUUCAACCACCCUCAAAUUUGGCGGUGUUAGUUUUCAGAGAGAAAUCGUAACAAAGAACCCUUUAGCCAAAAAUGAAAGAAAAGCAAACGACGACCUCCUUGGAGCCAUCAUUUGUGAAAAAGAUGCAGUGCCCGCUGUCUGUGGCAUCCGUGCAAUAUGGGUCACACCCUCCAACAGAAGAAAGCAUAUCGCCACUCACUUGCUUGAGGCCACAAGGAAAAGUUUCUGCCCGGGUUUGAGCCUCGAACAUCGUCAGCUAGCAUUCUCUCAGCCAACCAAUGUCGGGAAGUUAUUAGCGUCCAGUUACACCAACACCAAAUCGAUCUUGGUUUACACAACAAACUCAUAGUUGAUGCUGGAGAAACUGCUUGAACAUGAUUGAAACGGGUAGAGCUUCAUGAGGUUGUGUACACUUGUACUUUGUGCAAGUAUAAUUGUUACCUUGCUUUGGCCAGGUCAUAUGCAGCAGCAGCAGGUAUGUAUACAAAUUCUGUUUAUUGCUCACAUUUAGAAUGUGGUUAGGCUCAAUGAGAACCAUGGGAAUCAAACAAAAUUCAAAAUUAUUUUCAGUUUAUUGUUAUUACAUCUAUUUUCUUGGCU